AGCUGUACGCGCGCACCUGUCACUACUCUCUGCUCUCGCGCUGUAUCCUAGCAGGAGCGCGUGAGUGAGCGCGUGUCACUCAGCAGCUCCACCCCUUCGGUAACUACUCCCCGCUCAGAACCGACCGAACCCUUAGAUCACAGACGGUUGCACAGGUAUGCCCAACGUCACUGUUGUUACGGAAAGUUAUUUUAGGUGUACUUUUUGAGAAAACUUACGUGGACUUUGUAGGGUGUAAAAAACAAGUGAAAAGGAUGAAGGAUGUCAGUGGUUUGGGUCUUGACUGGAUCCGGAUGUUUUUUCUGUGCGCUCUCGUGCCGCUUCCCGCGAGCGCAGACAUCACUUGCGCUUCGUGCUCCUCGCCAAUUAAAAUCCGCGGGAAUGAAGCGCUCACGCAAGUUACGCAGACUAUUAUUGUCAACCGUCAAUUUGAAAGUGUAACGGUCGGCAGCGCCCUGAAAAGCAGGAUUUGGGGUCUCGAUAGACCUCAACUUUUCACCGAAGCGAACAGAGGCUCUCCCGGGAGACAAAACACAGAGAACGCGCAUUUGUCCAGCGUGGUUCAGGCGAGCCCAACUAAAGAAAACGACGGAAAAGUUUAUUCAACAGUAUCUUCAGGAGGAUCCAGAAAAGUAAAGCGCAGUGUGUUCUCCUCAGAGCACGAGAAAAGUGUUAACGGCGCACCCGCGCCUCGGUUCGACUUCAGGCGCACAGGAGGAGCUGACAGUACCGGCAGAAGUCCGAAGCAAAAUGAACCACACCUGGUCACGUCCACCUUCGCCCUCUCCGGAGAUUCUGCUCAUAAUCAGGCCAUGGUGCUGUGGUCCGGACACAAUAGCAGCGUGAUCCUGAUUCUGACAAAACUGUUCGACUUUAACCUCGGAACUGUGACGGAAAGUUCACUCUGGAGGUCUGUAGAUUUUGGGACGACGUAUGAGAAGCUGACAGAUAAAAUGAUGAGCAGAACAAUGCUAAGCUAUCUGUACGUCUGUCCGACCAAUAAGAGGAAGAUCCUGAUUUUGUCCGAUCCGGAAGUGGAGAGCUGUUUACUUAUCAGUUCGGAUGAAGGAGCAACCUUUCAAAAAUACAAUAUUAACUUCUAUAUUAUGAGUCUUCUGUUUCACCCUACGCAAGAGAAUUGGAUACUGGCUUAUAGCCACGACCAGAGGCUGUACAGCUCGAUGGACUUUGGAAAGAAGUGGAUUCUUAUAAAUGAACGGGUAACACCGGGGCGAUUCUACUGUACGUGUGGAAUUUUGAUCAGGGCGAUGAGUGGUCUGGAUAAAGAGGCAGACCUGGUGCACAUCGAGGCCCGAACUGACAGUGGACAAAUGCAAUAUAUUACCUGUCGAGCACAAAAGUGUUCAGAGGAGGGUAGGCAGUAUCCAUUCAGUGGCCGAAUUGACACCAACUCCUUGGUAGUGCAGGACCAGUACAUCUUUUUACAGCUAACCACAGGAGGAAGAACUACAUACUUUGUGUCAUACCAGCGAGGGCCCUUCAGGACCAUACAGCUCCCGAAAUACUGUCUACCCAAAGACAUGCACAUUGUCAGUACAGAUGAGGGACAGGUGCUUGCAGCUGUGCAGGAGUGGAACGAAAAUGACACCUACAGUCUGUACAUCUCUGACACGCCUGGAGUCUACUUCACUCGCUCACUCCCGAACCUGCGCACAUCCCGCGGGCUUGCUGGAAACCUCAUCGUUGAUGUCUACAAGGUGGCGGGUGUUAGUGGGCUGAUCAUAGCCAAUAAGAAAGAAGACACACAAAUGAAAACAUACAUCACCUUCAACAAAGGGCAGACAUGGGCCUUACUGCAACCGCCAACGAAAGAUGCUAACGGAAAUGACAUUAAUUGCUACCUGCCAUCGUGCUCCCUGCACCUUCACCUGCAGAUGUCUGAAAACCCUUACACACCUGACACUAUCUCCACCAAACACUCCGCUCCAGGGAUUAUUGUGGCCACAGGGAACAUUGGGCCCGAGCUGUCUUUUUCCAACACAGGAAUGUUUGUCUCUUCUGAUGCUGGAAACACCUGGAGACAGAUUUUCGAAGAGGAGCACAGUGUUUGGUUUUUAGAUCACGGAGGGGCUUUAUUAGCUGUUACCCAAUCUGCAGUUCCCACUCGGUAUUUAUGGAUUAGUUUGGAUGAAGGCAGACAGUGGGAUAGACUCAGCUUUUCAUCUACUCCUCUAUUUGUUGACGGGGUUUUGAUGACUCCAGAGACUGAAAAUCACAUCAUUACUUUCUUUGGGCACUUUAGUUACCACUCCGACUGGCAGCUGAUAAAGAUUGACUACAGCUCCCUGUUCGGGCGGAAAUGCACAGACGGAGACUUUCAGACAUGGCACCUGCAUAACAAGGGCGAGGUGUGUGUGAUGGGAGAAAGACAGGUGUAUAUGAAGAGGAAGCCGGGCACACGUUGCACUCUGGGUCGAGAGUAUUCUCGAGUCGUUUCAGCUGAGCCCUGCAUCUGCACCCUUUAUGACUUUGAGUGUGAUUAUGGAUUUGAAAGGCAGCCCAGUGGAAAAUGCUCACCUGCAUUCUGGUAUGAUGUAAAUUUACCUUCACACACCUGCAGCCAUGGACAACACUUCCGCAACAGCACAGGGUACAGAAGAGUGAUGUUAAAUAACUGUCGAGAGGGUCUAAAGGAUACACUGAGUCCCAAAACGCAGCAGUGUAAACCCAUUGCACCUAAGGGUCUACAAUUGAGCACCAGCAACUCCCAGCUCACUGCUAUACUGGGAACCAAUAUCACCUUCAGAGUAACACUGCAAAAUGGUGACUCCUUGUCUACAAGUCUCCAUGUUGACUUUGGAGAUGGCACCUCUGUGUCAUACUCUAACAUCAGUCGCCUUGGUGACAGCAUCACACACACGUACCGGAUCGCUGGGAUAUUCAGGGUCACAGCACAUGCACAGAACAGCCAGGGAUCCGACAGCAAUUCAGUCUAUCUCCACAUCACCAGUCCCGUGGAGCGUGUAUUUCUCUCGGCACCGGUGGUCGUCACCAGAGGAAGAGAGGCCAACCUGACGGCAGUGCUGUGGCCCAGUCAGCCCAGGACUGCUACCUUCUACUGGUGGUUCAAUAACAGCACAGAGCCACUGAUCACACUGGAUGGCAGCGUGUCGCACAUUUUCACUCAGGAGGGAUCUAACUCUGUCACCGUACAGGUGUCUGCCGGAGGUGCUGUCUUACAGGACGUCAAAACCAUCAUUGUCAAAGAAUUCUUUCGUUCUUUAUUGCUGUCAUUUUCUCCUAACCUGGAAGAGCACAACCCGUCUGUCGCAGAGUGGAGACAGGACGUGGGGCGCGUUGUCAGGGCAACGCUCACUCAGGUUUGUGGGUUCCCUGAGGCCCAGUUGUUGGUUUCUGUGUUUCCUGGAUCUCCAACUGCCGCUGAGCUCUUUAUCCUACCAGACAAGAACCAGUCGGCAUACAGAUCACAUGCAGAGGAACAGCUUGAUAAAAUGUCAGAAGUGCUUGUAAACGCUUUAAACCUGAACCUGAUCCAGUUUGAUCUAAAGCCGGACACACGGGUCACUGUGUCUUUGUCCCAGCUUACUUUGGCACCCCUGGUUGACUCCACGGCACUCCCCAGUGGCUCUGCCAUGCUGUUACUGGUUUCUCUGGGUCUGCUGGGGUUGGCCAUUCUCCUCAUAUACAAGUUUAAGCGUAAGAUCCCAUGGAUCCAUGUGGAGACCGAGGACACCCAUGAGAAGGAGCCGGAGAUGAUCAGCGCCGUCGGACAGGAGAAGAACGGCACGCAUACGACAGCCACUUCUUCAUUCACACCGUGCAGCAAACACAGCGCGCACACACCGUUUCCGUCGAACCCUGGAACACUCAACAGCUUUAGCCAUCUGCCGCCUCCUAGAGAACUGAUGGAGAAAGAGCUGGAAGCUCAUAACACAGGGGGCCUUGGGGUUGGAGAAAGGCUACGAACCAGACAGAUUCCAAACUGCACCAAUGUCUAAAAUGAUGAAACCAAGAAAGAUUUGAUGGUGAAAUAUCAUAAUUUUAUAGAUGUUUCGAGGAACUGACAAUUGUAUAAGAUGCGUAAUUACGGUACGUUUUCACUUUUCCUGUUAUUGUGGUGCUUAUGUAUUUUUACUAUUAUUGUGGUGUUUAAUAUUUGAGCUUGAUAAUCAAUUAAUUAACAAAAAGUUACUCAAGAAAAUAUUAUUAAUUGCAGAUGUAAAUAAAAUCUAAAUCUCUAGCGAAAACUGUAGAAUAAUGUUAUAUUACAUCAGCACUUGAGGAGUAGUUUUUCUUACAUCAGGUUAUACAAAUAUAUUUGAUCUAUAGACGGUUUUAUCGGACUCACGUGCGUUGCCACACUUACGCUCCUGGCCCCGAAGUUAACUUCCGGUCUGUAUUUGUUUAUCGGUGUAGCUAGUGGCUAAACUGGAGACCUCUGUAAUACCUUAGGUUUGUGCUGAUAGAUGAUAGUAUUGUGUAUUGACGAUCAUCAGACAUAUCGCUAAUAGCGGGCUUUCAUGACGAUAGUUGGCGAUGGUUAUUAUUAUUAUCAUCAUAGUUUCACAUUAAAGGGACAUUCCACUUUUUUAAAAAAUAUACUCAUUUUCCAGCUCCCCUAGAGUUAAACAUUUGAUUCUUACCGUUUUGGAAUCCAUUCAGCUGAUCUCCGGUU